AAGAAAAUUGAUAGAAAAGAAAGGGAAAGAAGGUUGACACUCUUUAUUGUUUCUCUCUCCUCUUUCCCAACUCCUCCGUUUCCUUCAAUCGUUUUAGGAGUAACUUACUUUACCAGAGCUUCAAUUCAAUCUGGCCUACCCAUACUUUGUUAGAUUCUAUAAUUAUUCAGGGUUUCUGGAAAUCGGUUUAGAUUAUGGGAUUGGGAGAUGCAGAUCUUCUCGACGACGGGGAUAGAGGAGGAUGCAAAGCGGCGCCGGUAUCGUGCUCUAUUUGCUUGGAUGCUGUCACCGACAAUGGAGAUAGAUCUUGGGCUAAGCUUCAAUGUGGCCAUCAAUUUCACUUAGAUUGCAUUGGUUCAGCAUUCAACAGUAAGGGAGCUAUGCAGUGCCCCAACUGUCGGAAAAUUGAGAAAGGACAAUGGCUAUAUGCUAAUGGUAGUCGUCCACUGCCUGAGUUUAGCAUGGAUGACUGGGCCCAUGACGAGGAUCUUUAUGAUCUAAAUUAUUCUGAAAUGUCAUUUGGAGUGCAUUGGUGUCCGUUCAGUGGGAUAACAAGGCUCCCUUCAUCUUUUGAUGAAGGAGAGUUUUCAUCAAGCACAUAUCAUGAUCUUGUUGGACAUACGCCUGUCUUUGAACAUACGCCUGUUUCAUCCGCAACUCAUCCUUGCCCUUAUAUUGCUUAUUUUGGGCCAAUACAUGCAUCUUCUACAACAUCAAGUACUAGUGUUUCAGAUGGAUCUAAUUAUAGUAACCAUUGGACUGGCCCAUCAGUUCCUAGUGAAGUUCCCAACUCAUACACUUUUCCUUCAAUGGAUGUGCACUAUCACAAUUGGGACCAUUCUUCUCAAUUCGCUCCAAGCAACCGGAUUGCUGGAGCAGACCAGACCCUGAUUGCACCCAUGUCACAGAGAACAGCGAGGAAUAGCUCUGAUAUCCCAAGAGCUGGAAUGCAUCCACCCUUCAUGCUUGGUCACAGUUCUGCCAGCAGAGCCCCCAGCUCAGCAACCUCCUCAGUCCUUCCACCAUACCCUGGAACUGUAGCUCGGACACGUGACCGUCCAUCUUUUCAAGCAUACUUCCAGCAGUCUAGUAGUAACCCUUCGGCACGCAACCCUGUUUUACCCACUGGACGAAGAUCCAGCAGUCAUAGAGGUUUAGCUCAAGCUGCGCCCCCAAUUGCCUCGUCAUCCGACCAGUCUGGUGGUUUCUACUUCUUCUCAUCAAACUCUUCAGGGAGAAACUUCCAUGAAAUGGAAAAUCCCCACCGAGAACCGUUCCAUGGUUGGGAGCGAGAACACCAACCUUCAUUUCCUUCAAGCCAGGUCGAUAGAGAUUCAAUCUGGGGGCCCUUCCACCCACCGGGUCCUGCAUCUGAGACUGGAAUCAGACACAGCAGUUUCCGGCUGAGACAUGGAUCCGAGAGGAUGCCAUCUCAAAAUCGGUGAUAGGGCAUGUUAUUAUGUUCUGGUGAAAAAACUGUGACCACCACGAAUUAAACCAGACAAUAUAUGUUUGUGCAACGAUCUAUAAUGGUUGGUAUCUGCCUUGCACGGCAGCCCUGAAACUACCGUGGCAUUGAAAUUAUCGCUUUCAAUCGCCACCAGCUUGUGUGAUGGACUUUGGCUUCCUCUUGUUUGUAUGCCCCCUGGGGCAAUAAGAUCACUGUUUAACAUAAAGAGGGUCGCCGGUAGCCUUCUCCGAGGCUGCCCACCUUAUUCUUUUUUAAAAUCUAAA